CGCAAGGUGGCGCUAGUUUAGCUUUUUCUCAUCAUUUUCGUCACUCGUUCACAAGUUUUUUACUUUUUAUUACAUUUGGUAGUUUAGUUAGUUGGUUGUAAAAUUAUUCUUGUAAUGGCUGCCACGCUAAAACUGUAGCUUAUUGGUUAUGUCAUGACUAUAUCGGUGUUUGGAAGUGUUAUUGAAACAAAUCAACAAUAUAUUCGAACAAUGUCCGCAUGAAAGGAGUUUCGGUUGUAUCUCCCUGGAACGUUUCUUCGUUCAUGUUUCCUUUUUUGGCGAUUAAGUUAUGGACUCGGCAUUUGUGUAAUAAAAACAUAAUCUAUGCUGUGUGAAAAGUGUGCUGCGGGACCGUUUUAAGUGCCGAGUGGUUUGCUUUGCGUUAAAAUGACGGAUACGCGUUCGUCGUCGGCACUGUUCAAGAGAGCGGAGCAGCUGAAGCGAUGGGAGGAAUCCGACACCAACAAGCAGUCGCCGCGGCCGAAGACGGCGUCGAGGAUCCAGUUCUCGUCGGGCAUCGUGUUCCUGGCGGCCUGCACGGCGGGCGACAAGGAGGAAGUGCAGAGGCUGCUGAAAAUGGGGGCGGAUAUAAAUACGGCGAACGUGGACGGCCUCACCGCGCUGCACCAGGCGUGCAUUGACGACAAUCUGGAGAUGGUGGAGUUUCUGGUGAGCCGCGGGGCCGACGUGAACCGCGGCGACAACGAGGGCUGGACGCCACUGCACGCCACCGCGUCGUGCGGCUUCCUCAGCAUAGCCAGGUUCCUCCUCGAGAACGGCGGCGACGUGGGCGCGGUGAACUACGACGGCGAGCUGCCCGUGGAUAUCGCUGAGAGCGACUCCAUGGAGGAUCUGCUGCAGAAGGCCAUCCACGACAACGGAGUGGACUGCGAGAAAUCCCGCAAUGCGGAGCUGAUUCUGCUACUCAACGACGCCAAGAACUGGGCAGCCAAUGGCUACGUGGAGGUGCGCGACCCCAAGACCGGAGGGACCCCGCUACAUGUGGCCGCCGCUAAAGGAUAUAUUGAUGUGGCCAAGACGCUUCUAGAAGAGUGUCACUUAGAGCCCGACAUCGUGGACUACGAGGGGUGGACGCCACUGCACGCGGCCGCGCUGUGGGGGCAGAAGGAGGCGGCGUCAUUGCUGCUGAAGUACGGCGCUGACCCUGACGUCACUAACUACUCGGGUCAAACCUGCCUGGACCUAGUGGAUCCCACGAUAUCGAGCUGGCUUUCCGACGCGAUCAUGAAAGCACCCAAACGGAUCAAGAACAAUAACAACAACAACAAUAACAACAACAAACGGAAGAGGAGCCCGCCGCGGCACGAGGUCAAACGAGUCACCACCCCACCGGAGAAUAUUGCCAAUGACAAAGCGCCGCCGCCCGCGCCCGAGCACAAGUCGCCGGAGGGCAAGCCGCCGGCGGGGCGCGCGGCCUCGCCCGACACGGCGGAGGUGGCGGAGAGCAGCGGCACCGACGACGCGCCCUCGUGGCGCCGCUGCGCCUCGCUGCGCCCGCGCCAGCCCGACGCCGCCGGUGAUAAACAAGCCACAGCUAACAGCACCCCAGACAGUGAGACUAUACUGAGGAGGACACACAGCUUCGAAAACGACAAAACUUUCUACCAGCGGUACCGCGACGUGACGGCGCGCAUCAAGGCGACGUCGUGCCCGUCGAUCCCGCCGCCGCCGCCCGCCGCCGCCGACAGAGACGCCACUAACACAGAGACUAAUGACGACGCAAGAAACAGGGUAACCGCUCCAGAAAGGCAAGAGAACACUUGGACAACGCCAGCCAACGCCAACGCCACAACCAACAACGCCAACGCCACAACCAACAACGCCACCGCCAACGCCACCGCUAACGCUAACUCAAGCGCAAACGCCACAACGCACACCACUGUCAGGAGCGCCUCCUCGGACAGUCUGGAGAGCGGCGGGUCGACCAAGCUGUCCCCCGGCAACAUAUUCAAGAACUUCUUUAAGUCGUUCGUGCCUCCGGUUCGCGACGAAGAGUCGGAGACUCAGCGCAAAGCGCACGCCAAGAGAGUGAGGGAGACGCGUAGAUCCACUCAGGGAGUCACCCUGGACGAGAUCAAAUCAGCUGAGCAGUUUGUCAAGAAGAAGACGGGUAAUGGGACGGCUGAAGCCCCGCCCCCUUCGCCGAAGGCCGAGGAGGCCACGCCCCCUCCAGCCCCGGCCAAUGAGAAUAAUACGACGAACGUACCGGUUUGCGGCUGCGUGACGAGCGGGCUCGCGCAGGCGACCGCCACGGCGACCAUAGCGGCCUCUACCGAGCGUCGCCCGUCGUGGAGACUGCGCCUGGACCCGGUUAACAAGCUGCAAUUCGAGCUAGAGGACGCGGAGCGAGCAAGCCGCAACGCCGACGCGACGGUCACGCUGCCGCUGCGGCGCCCGCUGUCGGCUUCCUCGGCCAAUAGCACCUCGCCCGCCGCUGAGGAUCGGGGUGCAGGUGAAGAAGAAACGGAGCGCGAGAGCAGCGGCGAGAGCAAGUCGGGCAGCGCCUCGCCAGCCAGCAGCCAGGCGGCGCUGACCUCCAUCCAGCGCCGGCGGCGACCCAAGCGGAGGUCCACGGGCGUUGGCCACGUCGACAUGGAGGAUAUCUCGAACGAGAAAGGCGCGGGGGGCGAGGGAGAAAACCAGGAGAAUGAAACGGAACCGGCCAAGUCGGGCAGCGAGCGCACGGCCUCCGAAGCCGGCUCGGCAGCCGGGGCGGCGGACCCUCGCGACUACAAGGCGUUGUACACGGCGGCGGCGGCGGAGGUGCGUCGCGUGCGCGCGCUGCUCGCCACGUCCGAGCAGCAGCUGAGGGACGCGAGGGCCACUAUCACUAGGCUUACGCAACUGAAUCAAAACUCGUUAUCUGAAAUCGAGAAGCGAGAAAAGCGCGCCAUGGAGCGCAAACUCUCGGAAAUGGAAGAAGAAUUAAAGCAAUUGCAAAAGCUCAAAGCCGAGAACGAAAGGUUGCGCGCCGAGAAUCGCGCCCUCACGCGGGUGGUCAGCAAACUGACCACCUCGGCCGCCAAGUGAAUAGUAUCAGCAAGUGUUGCAAGCUGAGAACCAGCGGCUCAAGGACGAGAACGGAGCGCUAAUAAGGGUCAUCAGCAAGUUAUCUAAGUAAAAUAUUGUUCGUUAUUUAAAAUAUUGUUUCCUAUACAUUUUAUGAGUAUGUUAAGAUUAACCCCCGCCUAGAAUAUGCAACGUCCAGUCCUAAUUAUGCUGAAUCAGUUAUAAGUAAUUGUUUUUUCAAGUUUUUCCGUUUACCAAAAUUAUAUGGUUUGGUUAUAUUUAAGUAAAUUACGACCUCUUUGCGACCUUAAGUAACAAAACUACUUACUGCCGGUUUCUAUAACCUAUCUAUCUAUAACUGGUAGUUAUUUUCAUACGAUUUUGACAGAUUGUUACUUUUGAUUAUGUCAAAAUCGUAUGAAAGUAACUACCAGUUAUGGAUAGAUAGAGAUAUAGAAACUGGCAGUUAAUCUAGGCCAUUCAUCUAGAAGAGAAAUUCUGCUCCAGAUGGUUUCAAUAAGAUUUUGACACGCAUUUUUUUCUAUACAUCGUGUUGUAUUAUUAGUAUUUUAUAAGAGUAUUUAGAUAAAACAAGUUUAUAAUUAUGUCAAGUAAAUGUAAAAAAUAAAGUCAUCUUAAGUAUAUUUCUAAGUCGACCACAUUAUUUGGUCACUUUACAUUCACUGUAAUUAUGAUGUGAUUUUGUAGACGUUUCAAAUUAGCGAAUCGUUUUAGUGAAGUGGACAAUAAUAUUCAAUUUUGUAAGUACAUUAUAAAACUCUACCAAUGACACCCAAUGAGGAAGGUCCACGAUACUACGAAACAUAUUUAUAUUGAGAGGAAGAUUAUUAAAUUGUUUGUUCUUAUAGGAGAUUCAUAAUCUUGUGAUGACGAAUGGCGUUUACUAACCUAUAUUUUAGAAGUAUUGUAUUAUAUUUAUUUCCCCGCGCCAGUAGGCCGAACCUGUGCAGAAAGAAGAAACACUUUUAUAAAUAAUGCAUGCAUUUGUUUUUGUAUCUGCCAAAUAUGAUGUAUAAUGAAUGUUUGUGAAUCGUAUUUAAAUAUUUGUUGUUUCUCAAGCUGUCCUUUGUGCUGAAAACUAUGUAUUCCUAAAGGAAAUAAUUGUAAAGUAGGUUAGUUAAUUAAAAAAACCUUUUUUUUGAGGGACAAACAUAUUAUUUUAAUGUCUUGUAGUUAUAUCUCUCGAAUUACUAAUAUAUAUUUAUAUAAAUAUAGAUUAAGCUUUAUCAUCAUUAAUUGGAGAUGUGAUAUGUUGGUUUGUAUUACUUUUCUUGUUGCGUAGGAGUGUCCGCCACGCCGCUGUCGCCGCAAGUGUCGGACCGGGCCCGUGCGCGGGCAAUAUGACAACGUUUGUAAACAUACUUAUCUAGUUUUAUAGUAGGUUUAUAACUGUCCUGACUUUAUCCAUGAAUUUAAUUUAUUUCCAGUCUUUAUUAUUAUGAGUUAAAAUAAAUUCUUCUUUAAUUUA